UCACAGCAGCUUUUGGGCUUUUGGGCGCAUGGCGCGUUAUUUGCUGUCAACGUGAUCGUUCGAAGCAAGCUUUCACAUUUCAUCCACAAGUCGCUAUGACUGUGCACGGGGACCUGCACCGUACUUUUAUCCAGAUCGUGCUGUCACGCAAGAUAUUGCCCCUGACCGAAUUCGAGGAAUUGGUCCGAUAUUGCCAAACAAAAUGCGACGUUCCGUGCAUUCCAGCGGGAAACCUGCAAGCGCUCGCCAAGUUUGUGUCCGACGUCAACAACAGACUGUCCCCGUUUCACAUGCGCAUCAAAAGCGGCGUGAGCGAAGAGGAUGGCUCUCAUUUCUACGCUCUCGUAAACAUCAGGGACGACGCCCUGUCCAAGUGUGCCACAAAGUUCUCCGGAAACGAGAUGAAGUUCUUCAAGAAAUUGGUGUUGAAGAUUGCCGAGUCCAACUGUGGGCGCGUAACCUCAACAGCAGCGCUCAACAUUGUCUACGAAGACAAUGACACGGGCCUUCAGAUAAGGACAGCCGAAGCUCUUGUUGAUCGGAUGGUCAAGCUUGGCUGCCUGAUUGUAGAGGAGGGCAACGUAUCCUUGGCUCCAUUGACACUCCUCGAAAUGGAACCCUACCUUCGAGAGCAGCUUGGUGAUGCACUUCCGCAAUGCCACGUGUGCAAGCAAAUGUGCAUCAAGGGACAGCUGUGCCCAAAUCCCAACUGCCCUGUCAAGCUGCACAGUCACUGCGCGACGCAGAUCUUUCGGUCGAGGUCGACGACAUCCGGAAGCUGUCCAAGCUGCGACGAACCGUGGGAACGGUAGACGAGACGAAUGUCAUGAUGCCGAAAGAAGUCGAAAGACACGACCUGACAUUGAUGUACAUUUUUAUUUAAUAAACCUUCAUCAGUAAACUGUAAAA